AUGGCUUGGCAUUUUAAAUCGGAGAGCAAUAGUCUUUGGCAUAAAGUUAUUGUUGCGCUCCAUUCUAGUCGAGUUGGGUGGGAAGGUUUUCCGAUAAAAAAAUCGUUAAGCGGUGCGUGGAAUAACAUUGUUAAGGUCCUUAUUAACGUCAAAGUGGGUGGUAUUCAUAUUAAGAAUUUUUUUAAAGGUGUCAUUGGGAACGGUAACAACAUUUCGUUUUGGCUGGAUACUUGGAUCACCGAUGAACCUCUCAAGAAUAAAUUUCCUGAGUUGUUUCGUAUAGAGGCUGUUAAGAAAUGCACUAUUGUUAAUCGACUCACUGAUAGUAAUGAUAAAUGGAUUUGGUCUCCUCAAAAAGACGGGUCGUUUUUAGUUAAGGCGGUGGAGUCUCUUCUCAGUUCGGACAGGAAUUUGGGCUCCAAUUUUGUGCUAGAAUGGUGUGGUUGGAUUCCUGACAAGUGCAAUAUACGUAUUUGGAGAGCGGAAAUGGAAAAAAUUCCCACAAAGCUGGCGUUGAGGAAAAGAAACGUGCUAUCCGGAGAUCCGAGCUGCCCGUUAUGCUGUUCUGCAGAUGAAUCGGCUGAGCACAUUUUUACGGCCUGUUCGGUUUCGGCAGCCGUUUGGAACGGGAUCAGCAUAUGGUGCAAGAUUCCCUUUAUUUACGUGUUUUUGAUCAAGGAUCUGCUCGGUUUUCACUCUUCUGUUCCUGCAUCGGCUAAGAAAAAGGAGGCGAUUUACGGUAUAGUGAUUAUAGUGUGCUGGAGUCUUUGGCGGGCUAGAAACAGGUUGGUCUUUUCUAAUGUUCCGGUUAGGAUUGAUAGGAUUUUGAGCGAAGUGAAAGCUAUUAGUUUCCUUUGGUAUUCUAACAGAUCUACGUACAAAGGGGUUAGUUGGGAAGAAUGA